UGUGAUUGUCAUAAAUAAUAAUAAUUUUUCUAUAUGGAAGCAGAUCCUUUUAUUAAGAUCAUAGUAGUAGGAGAACAAGCUGUAGGUAAGACAUGCUUGUUAAAUUAAUAUUGUUAUGAAAGAUUUGAAGCAAAUAGCCCUCCAACAAUAGGAUGUGAUUUUACUACUAAGGUGACAUAAGCAAAUGGAUAGACAGUUAGAUUAUAAUUAUGGGAUAUUGCUGGAUAAGAGAAAUACAAUGCUGUAAGUAAAUUGUAUGUUAGAGGAGCUUUAGGUAAUUUAAACAAAUAAAAUGAGGUUGUCUAAUAGUUUGUGAUAUAAAGGAUUCUAAUUCUUUAGAGGAAACUUUAAAAUGGAAAAGUAUCAUUGAAGAAAAUAGUGAUUAAAAUAAUAUUCCCAUAAUGUUGGUUCAAAAUAAGUGUGAUUUAGUAAGCAAUGAUGAAAAGACCACUAUGUAUUAGAAUUUAUAAGGUUUUGCAAAAAUAAAUAAAUUUUUCUCAUGCAUUCAAACCAGUGCAAAAGAUGGCACAGGAUUAAAAGUAAUGAUGUGAAAUAGAUUAAUAGUAAUUAUUUACAGACUUAAUUUAAGAGAUUAUAGAUAAAGGAUUACUAGUUAAUCAAUAGAAGAAUUUUAAAUAAAGUACAAAUGUAUAAUUAAAUUCUGCUUAAAGUUAAUAGUAACAAUAACAUAAAAAAGACAAGUCUUGUUGUUGA